AUGCUGAAAAGGGUCACCGUUCCAUACACGGUCACCCCCGCGCCCAUCCCCGACCUAAGCUUCGACAAGAUUGUGUGGGCCAAGAAUGGCAGGUACGAGGGCGUCUACUGGAGCGCAACCACGGCGGCCCAAACAUUUGGCGUCAAGAUGAGCGUGUCAAACCAGGGCACCCUGCCCGGCAAACUCGGCGCCAUCAAGUUCUGGUCAGUGCCCUUCGGCAGCCCCUUCGUCCCUAGUUGCAAUGCGACAGCGGACGUUUCCACGGCCCUGAAGAGCGACACGAUUGCGCCGCUUGGCAAGUCCAAGACCUUCACGGUCAAGGGCAUCCCGGCCCCGGCCACGCCUGGCAAGAAGACCCUUGUGGGCUUUGUGGACGGAGACUGCGCCACGGCCGAGGCUGACGAGGACGUUGACAACAAGAUCACCUUCACCUACAAGGUGCUGCCCCAGCCCCUGCCGGGAUUUCUGGUCACCAGCAGCAAGGCCAAGCGGACAGCCGCCGGCACGGCCGAGUUCCGCAUUACCAUCAAGAACGUCGGCCUCGCUGCUGGCGCGCUGGGCGUCGUGUCGGUGUUCCGGAGCGGUUUUGAGUUCCGCGAGGUCCUCAACUGCAGCACGUACAACACCACGGGCUGGGGCUCGUCGGCUGCCGUGACGACGCCGAUCGAAGUCGGCAAGAGCGCCGUUGUCGUCGUGCCAAACGUGCCGCUGCCGUACCCUGUCACAGUUACCAAAACCGCCCUGGUCCUCGUGGACGGGGCUUGCCAGGUCCCAGAGAUCUUCGACGUGUUUGAAGAUCCUAACACAGUGCACAGCUUCACAUCAAAGUACAGGGCCUGA